GCAGGUCUUUAGGCGCUGAAAAACACCUGUUAGUGGACUAAUAAUUACAUAUUCCAUAAUAUCACAUGCACACUCAUACCUAGAAGAACUAUAUAGGACAUCCCUAGUUAACAUGACCAGUAUGUUGAUGGCUACUGGACAGCAGCUCUAAAAGCUUUUUUUAAGGCCUUUUGUAGCUUCGUAAAUCAUGUAGACGGUGUCAAAGGGGUUGUCACAUUUGGCAAUGGUCCGGGUUGUAUUCAUUAGUGCACACUGUAGCACCAUAAAACGUUGGAUACAAAACACACAGGUGACAAAUGCAUAGAUUUCUAUCCAUCUCUGUGUGGCUGUGACCUAGCUGGAGUGUUUGGUGAGUCCGAAACCAUUACCUGUUCGGUUUGGGUGCUAUUGCAUCUUACAGGGACGUUGCUCAAGAGCCACUGUACGGAUGCAGGACCUGUGUGUGUAAACCCUCUGUUACAGGGCAGAUGUGUCUGAACAGUAGAACUAAUGAGGAAACGAGCACCUGAAGUGACUGAUGAGCAGACCAGCUGUCAGCGUGCCAACAGGGCUGUCUAACACCAGCUAGCAGGCAGGGUUCUGGGCCUUCCUCCUACAAAAUGGGUUCUGGGUCUCCUUCCUACAAAAUGGGUUCUGGGAAGUGCUUAUGUGGCGCCUUUACCCUCCUUUCCCCCUUCAUUAUUUCCCCUCUAUUUCCUUGUCUCCCUCUCUGUUUUUGCUCUCUCUUUCUCUCUUUCUCUCUUUCUCUCUCUUUCUCUCUCUUUCUCUGUAAUUAUGGAGUCUCUGAUUGGUCGGGUGGUUGAGCUGGCAGCAGCCAAUAGCAGCUCUGGUAGCAGUGCCCCUCGAUCUCCUGGAAAGGUUUGUGUGUGUUAAUUAUUAGAGGUCUGUUUAAAACCAGACCUAACCAUUUUAGGGGGCACAGUCUGUCAGUAGAGCCAGAUGGACAGGGUGCACCAGGAGCCUCACAUACACACUUAAACAUCCAGCCUCUGAACCGGCCAGUGGGCUUCGUCUGAUACAGCCUCUCCUCAAGAUCCAACAGAGACUCCACUACACACAACUACAGGAGAGGAGGCCAUGGCUGGAAGGAGCAGAACGUCGUUCUCUGGUGUGUUCACUGCUGCUCUGCUGGCCACCAUACUGCUGCCUGAAUUCCUGUCGGCAUGGCCGGUGUUUCAGAAGCUCAAUGGACAUGUAGGGGAUGCCACUGAAGAGACAGCGGUUGCCAUGGCAUCGGCAAGGAGGCUUGUCCGUAACCGUAGAAACAUCAGCUGGUACAAGCAACACUCAGACUUCUGGAGCUGGUACAAAUACUUCACGGACAAUGGAAACACGGAGGCAGUCCAGGAGCUGGACAGGGUCUACCUGGCCUACCUCCAGAAUAAGAACCGUGCUGAGGGACGUCGCUCUUAUAAGGCCUACCUGGGCCACCUAGGGGACAUCUACAAGGCCUGCGCCGACUCAGAGGACCCAAACUGCGUGGCCUCGGCUACUAGCCGGCAAAAACCUGAAACCCCCAAGGCCCCUCCUAAGCCCGCCCCUGUCAAMGCCUGUGACCCCUACAGGGACCCAUAUUGUCUGUAUGCUGCCAAGAGCCAGCCCCCACCUGGCCCGGUCAAGGCCCCAGCCCCCAAUUAUGUGCGCUCCCCUGUGGCUGUUAAAGAACCUCAUUCUGGGUACUACUACUCCCCCGCUGUGCAGCCCUUCCUGUCCAAGGAGCAGAAGGCGGAGCUGCUGCGUAUCUGUUCAGCGGAGGACGUGGACUGUCUCCAGUACCACCUGAGAGCUGCUUUCGGCCACAAUCCCUCCGCUGGGCCCCUGCCCUCCUACGCCCACCUGGGCUGUGACCCGAAAGACCCCACCUGUAAACCCCAGCUGGUCCAAAAAGCUCCUUCCGGCCUCUUCCGCCGUUACCCCAACUGUGACCCCAGAGACCCUCGCUGCGCCUACGCUGCAUCCCUACAGGCACCCCGUGCCCCUGCUCCCCCCGCCCCGGCGGGUCCUGGUUCCUGCAACCCUCUGUUUGAGGACGGUUGUAACCCUCUCACCGCAACCAAGUACGCCACGGCACCAGAGGAGUUCAAGGAAGAACACAAAGAUGAACCCGCCGCAAUGCGUGCUGCGCAGGCUAAUGCUAACGAUCCCUUAGCAAUGUACCGUGAAGCUGCGGCCUCCAUGCACAGACAUGUCCCCCCCUCCCCGCCGCAGCAGGCCCCCACCCCCCCUCCCCGCUAUGAGGAGGCCACACAGGAGGAUCGCCACCCGCUGGGCCCCCGGGGAAAGACCAAGGAGGGCUAUGAAUGCUUCAUCGGCUACGACCAGGAGUGCUACCCAAUAGCCCGUGCAGAGCCGCGUUCUGGCGCCCACCGUAACACCGCCUACCCCGCCGAGCCCUACGAGCCGCAUCUCAAUGCCGAUGGAUCACGGAACGGAGUUCUGGAGCCUUCUGACCCCGACUGUGACCCGGAGUACGACACCAACUGCCGCCUGCGUCGCUAUGAACCCCGGGAGGAUCUGCUGCCAGACGCCAACGCCCAAGCUGUACACCAGGGGGAGCCACAGCACAGCCAGGACCAUAGCAACAACCAGGGGGAGCCAGAGAGAGAAAGCGAGGCAGAUUCAGAGCCAUACCAGAGUGGCCAGGAGGAGACCUACGGGGCUUACCCCCCUCCCUCGCAGGGGCUGUCAUACGGGUCAUACCCCUCACCCCAGCAGGGAAUGCCCAGCUUCCAGGACAUGCUGAGAGGAUAUGGAGACCAGUACCCUGAACAGGAUAACCACAGAGCAUACGCUGCUGACUACCGCCAAAAAUAAAUACACACAUAUACACAUACAUGCAUGCAUACACACUCACACACACACACACACACACACACACACACACACACACGUGUAUGUGACAAAUAAAAUUUGAUUUGAUUACAUACAUAGACACACACUGCAUAUGCCAUAAAGACUACAACAACAACUAACCAACACACCAGCCAAAAACAGGAGCAGAUGACGUGGAACACUAUAUUUAAUACAAAACAAUAAAAGACUGAAUGAAGUCUGACACACACACACAUGCACACACACACACGUCACGUAUGGACGAACAGGCACACAUACACACAUAGUAAUGUGCUGUUAGCAGUAGAAGCAGGAGGAGUUUCUCUCCACUAGCUAUUUUAUCUGUCAGUUUGAUAGCUUUUAUUCAUUGAUUAAUUGACAGUAGUUGACGAUUGAUCGCCUCAUUCUCACUGGAAUAUUUAAUACAUUCUUGCAGCUCUGCUUCAAUUCUGUAGCUACAAACUUCACAUAAUUUUUGUGUUUUGUUUAUGAUGUAUUUUGUAAAGUUUUUUUACACUGAAUGUUUUAAAUAAAAGCUUUGAAAAACA